AUGUCUAAUAGAACAGAUCCAUUAACACGCAGCGUGCAUGGGACUAAUCCUCAGUUCCUUAUUAAUCAGAUUACAAGAAAUCGUAUAUACGAUUCGGCAUAUUGGAAGGAGUAUUGUUUCGGUUUGAAUGCGGUAACUUUAUUGGAUAAGGCAGCAGGUUUGAAAUAUGUAGGAAGCGUAUAUGGAGGUAAUAACAAAGCCUGUCCAUUUCUAUGUUUAUUGUUAAAGUUAUUACAAAUUGGUCCAAGUGAUUCAGUUGUAGAUGAAUAUAUGGAACAAACUGAUUUUAAAUAUUUACAAGCAUUAUCCGCAGUUUACUUACGAUUGACUGGUAGUCCUGAAAGGAUAUAUCGCAAACUUGAGGAGCUUUAUACUGACAAUAGAUUAUUAAGAUUAAGAUUAAAUAAUGGUUCAUUUAAACUGUUCCAUGUAGAUGAAUUUAUUGAUGAAUUACUUCAUAGUAAUGUAUGUAUAAAUAUUGAUCUACCUCCAUUACCCAACAGGAAUUUACUGGAACAAAAUCUAAGCAUAAGAUUGGAACCUCGUGAGUCGAUGAUGAUGCAUGAAUGGAAUAGUAUCAUUAAUAAUAAUGUUCAAGAUCAAUUCCUUAAAAUAUCUUUUCCUGCUAUCACCAACACCUUGGGCUCCAGCACCUGGUUCAAGACCACUACAACCAUCACCACCGCCGUAGGCAACAACAAUGCUACAACCGUAGGCAGCACAGUCGCCGAAACAAACCAAAAAACGUGA